CGGGAAUAACCCCCUGCCAUUGCCCCCCUGUCCAUCUAACUCCCCCACCGUGCCCGGGAAAAAUUAGGUUUACGUUACUCUUACAUUAUUGCGCGAAUGGUUGUAAAAUGUCACGAGCAGACGAUAGGUUCUGGUAGAAGCCGUUCAUCUGGAGUAGCUUAACCGAUUCCUGGAGAAACCGGAAUCAGACUGCGCCAGAGGAAGUCGCGAUGUUGAGAAGACGACUGAUAAGUUGACAGCAAACGAUUUCGUCGGAGUUAAGUGUUAAUAAUACGAAGGCGGCUGGUUCUGCUACAAGCUUUGCAGCAGGAGUGCCGAGAGAGGGAGAGAGAACAGUUCAUGGCGAAACCGGGCACGAAAUGCGGCGGAGGAAAUCGAUGGCGAGAGAGUUCCAAGCCAGAGAUUCCGGCGAAACGAGGUCGCAGGAGACGGGAUAGGCAGCCGGCUAGCUACGUGGAGUCCAACUUGAUUGUCGAUGAAGAUGAGGUUCCAGGUGAGUUUAGACAAGGGGAGACGAGUGGAAUUAGGGCUAGAAAGGCGUCUGUAACAGCGGAAGGCGGUGGUGGAGAUCGGAAUCACGAGGAGAAGGAGAGUGAUGCGAUGAGAAUCGAUCAGGGCGGCGGCGAGAAUGGGACCGAGACCGUGGAAGGAGUAUGUGGGAGUGGCGGUGAGGGAGUGAAAGAGACGGUGGAUGGGGGAGACCAGGAAGCUGGCGAGGGUACUGAGAAGAUAUCCAGGAAAAGAGGACGGAAGAGUGGUGCGAAAAUCCAGCGGCGAGAGAGCUCUGACACGGAAGCUAUGGCGAGAGAGCGUCGCAAUACCCGCGAUCGCAAGACCGUCACGUAUGUGGAGUCCAAGUGUUUGGAAGAAAGUGAGUUUUCAGGUAAGAAGAAACCUCGGGAGAGGAAUAAUAUGAAGGCUGGAGGGGGCUCUAAAACUGGGGAAGUUCGUGAGACUCGUCCUCCAUUGAAUAAAGUGUAUGGUGAUCUGGAUUGUACGAGGAACCGUGAGUUCACUGAGAAGUACUGUCUAAUGUGCCAUCAAUGCCAAAGGAACGAUAAAGGUGGUGUUGUUCGAUGCAACAAAUGUAAAACCAAGCGAUACUGCUUCCCGUGCAUAUCAAAUUGGUACCCAAAGUUGACGCAUGAGGAUGUUGCAGCUGCCUGUCCUUUUUGCUGUAACAACUGCAGUUGUAAAGCUUGUUUGCGCAUGGACCUCCGAGCUGAGGAUCUGCAGUCACGGUUGAAAGUAGAACUCACUCCAGAUGAAAGCAGGCGGCAUGCUGAAUACAUGUUACAGACAAUUUUACCUUUCUUGAAGCAGAUAGAGGAGGAGCAGUUAAUGGAGAGAAAUAUUGAUGCAGGAAUCUUAGGCGUGCCAAUUGAAGAUUUAUGUGUACAAGAAGCUGAAUGUCCAGAAGAUGAGCGCAUCUACUGUGACAUAUGCAAGACUGCUAUUUUUGACUACCACAGAAAUUGCUCGGAAUGUGAAUCUGAUAUUUGUCUUUCCUGCUGCCGUGAGAUCCGUGAUGGUAAUCUUCGCGGCAAUGUGCCUAGUGUGGAUAUAAAAUAUGUUGAUAGAGGAUUUGACUACUUACACGGUGCAUUCGAUCAUGGUACACGUAGAAGUUCACGCCAUGCUAUAGUCUCUGGUGAGGUUGCUGUGGAGGAACCUCUGGCUCAGGAACCAAAAACUUCUUGGAAAGCAAAUGAAGAUGGUACCAUUGCUUGUGCCUGUGGUUCCGGCACUUUAAAACUCCAAACUCUGUUUUCUGGGAAUUGGGUUUCGGAGCUGGUGGAGAGAGCAGAAGGUGUUAGUAAAGAACUUGAUCUUUAUUUGGGUAGGUCUUUUUCCAGUACACAAUGUGUCCGCUGUAAUGCCAGCGGCAACCACGAGUUGAAAUUCGAUGGGUUAAUGAAGGCUUCUUCCCGUGAAGACUCAAGUGAUAAUUACUUGUUCUAUCCAAAUGCUAAAAAUUUGACUGAAGAAGAUUUUGAGCAUUUCCGCCACCACUGGAUGAAGGCUGAACCUGUACUUGUUAGCAAUGUGCUUGGAACUGGAUCUGGCCUAAGCUGGGAGCCUAUGGUCAUGUGGCGUGCCUUCCGCCAAAUAAAAAAUGAAAAUUAUGACACACUCUUGGAUGUGAAAAUCCUUGAUUGUUUGGACUGGUGCGAGGUGGAUAUCAAUUUGCACAAGUUCUUUGAUGGAUACUCCAAGGGGGAGUUUGAUUCUAUGGGGUGGCCUCGGAUUUUGAAGUUAAAAGACUGGCCACCAUCUGCUAUGUUCCAUGAACGUUUGCCACAGCAUGGUGCUGAGUACACCUGUUGUUUACCUUUUAAGGGGUACACUCAUCUUGCGGAUGGGCCUCUGAAUCUUGCAGCCAAACUUCCCAAGAAGUCUUUGAAGCCUGACAUGGGACCAAAGACAUAUAUAGCUUAUGGAUUUCCCCAAGAGCUUGGCCGUGGAGAUUCUGUGACAAAGCUCCACUGCGACAUGUCUGAUGCGGUAUAUAUUUUGGCUCACACAAAAGAGAUUGUCUAUGGAAGCUCCGAACUUGCUCAAAUUGAAAAAUUGGAAAAAGUGCACUUUGAACAUGACAAAAGAGAAUUAUUCGGUAUAGGCAGAGGUUUGAACGCCAUAGAUGAAAAUGAGAAUGAUAGCAGCAAUAGAGUUGACCAUGACCAAAAGAAGGAUGAUAUGCUGCGCGAGAAUACUUGUUCUCAGAGACCGCAACUGGACUCUUCGGAGAGCCAAGUCGAAAGGACCAAGUGCGGUGAGUUACCAAACAGUUUAGUGGAGGGAGGUGCUCUAUGGGACAUCUUCCGAAGAGAAGAUGUUCCCAAACUGGGGGAAUAUCUUGUCAAGCACUUUAAAGAAUUCAGGCAUAUUCUUUGUUCCCCAUUGCAGGAGGUCAUCCAUCCCAUACAUGAUCAAACCUUUUAUUUGACUGAGGAACAUAAAAGGAAGCUGAAGGAAGAAUAUGGUGUUGAACCAUGGACUUUUGUCCAGAAACUUGACGAUGCCAUCUUUAUCCCUGCUGGCUGUCCUUAUCAAGUGAGAAAUUUGAAGUUGUGCAUCCAGGUAGCAUCAGAUUUUGUCUCACCUGAAAACGUUGGAGAGUGCAUUCGUCUAACAGAGGAGUUCCGUCUUCUUCCGCUGAACCAUCGUUUGAAGGCAGACAAGUUGCAGGUGAAGAAAAUGUGUUUAUAUGCUAUGAAGUGGGCCCUGCAAAUUCUACUCCCUCGAGAAGACUCGGAUACGGAAGGAGAUGAAUCAAAGAAACGAAGAAAGGCGCCUUCAAGGAGGAGGAAGAAGGAAUCAAAGAAGUCCAAGCAAUAAUGAGUCUGGCUUCUCGUGAUGUAUAUUCUCAUUCCAGCUUUCUAUCCCAGUAGUUACAAGUGAGUCCCUCUCCCCAUUCCCAGACAGCUAGGGCAUUUUGUGGGUGUCACUUUUGGCUAAAAGAUUACAAGGAGUUAGUGUUGGAUUGGUGCUGUUCUCAUAUCUCCCUUUCUGCAGCCUGUGUUGCUUAGGGGACAUACGUGCCUAGUACUCAAUCCUCCUCGAAGGAUUCUUCAUCAUCUCCGGCUUUAUAUGGUUUAGGGGAAGGAGAGCGUGCAAGUGUUGGAGAGAUAUCUGUUAGAGGGAUCUCCACCUUCUCCAUAAUUGCAUGAAUGCACGACAUGAUGUGUUGCCUCGCUUCCUUUUCCCUUCUUUGAUUCUUGAGAAUCACCGCUAUCAACGCUUCAGUAUGGAAGUCUCUUGUUCGAUUGAUCGUUGAAGUGGUCGAUUUGUAGGUUGGUUGUUGUGUUUGAAUGCAUGUCCUUCUUGUCCUUCCUCAUCAUCCAUACUCGUUGUUCCUCUUGCUGCAUGCUGAGUGGUUUUCCCCGGGA